AUGGACUUCUUCCCAUCACCACCUUCCUCCCCUCGACAACUCUAUAUCGAUGACAAAGUUGUAUGCGGCUCUUGUGACAAGGUUCUCUCUUCAGACUGGUUCUGCUCUGACUGCCACACAAAAUGCACUAUAUGCAACCGCUUUCUUAGCCCACAUGAACAUUGUAGUCGGUGCUGGUCAUUUAACACACUACAGAACCUAUAUAUCCGUAAACCAAAUCUACAUCUCUUAAUACCCUGUCAUUCCUAUUGCACCACCACAAACUCAGCCACAGACAGCAACAGCAAUGGUAACAAUGGUAACAGCAACAAUAUCACAAGUAGCCCUAAUCCAUCGCCAAGUACAAGCCAUGAGACGAACUAUGGUUCUUGA